GUAAACAAAACCAGACCAGCAAGAGAAGGGAAGUGGCUCGACAUUUGGAAUUAUUGGUGUCUUUUUUUACGUAAAACCUUCCAAAUUAUCAGUAACAAUAAUGUAAAAAAUAUGUAAUCCAAAUAUGAAGUAUCCUCUCCAGUCUGCAGAAGAGGGCAAACGUUGGUAUUUUAUAAGCGUAAUGCAUGGGCGCAGUCAUAGCUUGUACGUUAGCGAGGAUGGUAGCCGAAAUUGUAGCUUUUAGGCAUCGCUAAGAUGUCAAAUUAGACACACUAGAUGAAUGAGAAUACUUUAUAUGCUGGCAAAUUAUCCGGCAUUCAUCUUACUUAGUGAAGGUAACGCAACAUUGGACUCCUGUGAGACGAGCCAUCGUGAUGAGCACAAAGAGAUUGGGCAACUUUGAGGUGCUGUGUGAGUGGUCUUCGUGCAGCUACAGAGGACAGAGCAUGGAGGAGCUGAGUGAUCACAUGGCUCUUCAUUUGAGGGAGUACCUGGGAGACAAGGAUACUCUGGAGGAGCUGGAUGAGUAUGCCUGCCUGUGGAAGGGCUGCGAAUUCCUCUCCAUGGGCAGCCCCGCAGAGCUGGAGGUCCACGCUUACUUCCACAACUACCACGGCAAGCUGAAGUUUGUCGGCUCCCAGCUGCUCAAGUCUCGCCCCGACCUGCCUAGCUGCAACCAAGCCGCGCACAGCAACAACCUGCUACCAGAGGGAUCUGACAGGCACGUUUGCCAGUGGGAGAACUGUGAUAGUACAUUUAAUAAUCCUGAGUGGUUCUACCGCCAUGUGGACAAUCAUGUUGAAAGUGCCGAACAGCAGUCUGUCUCGCAUCAACAGCAGGCUCUCUUCUGCCGCUGGUCAGGCUGUGAUGCCUUCUUCAAGAUCCGCUAUCGUCUGCGGGAACACAUGCGCAGCCACACCCAGGAGCGACUGGUGGCCUGUCCCACCUGUGGCAGCAUGUUCUCCAGCAACACCAAGCUCUUUGACCACCUCCACAGGCAGGCCGAGCCCAUGGAGUCCCUGGUGUGUGAGCACUGUGGCAAAGCCUUUUCCAGUGAGAGACUUUUGAGGGAUCACGUGCGUCAGCAUGUGAAUCAGGUCAAGUGUCCUUUCUGUGACAUGACUUGCACCACUGUAGCCGCUCUGAAGAUCCACAUCAGGUUCCGUCACUGUGAUGAGCGCCCCUUCCCUUGUGACUUCUGUGAUAAAAGAUUUAAGAACCAGCGUGACCUCCAGAAGCACACAGACGUCCACAACGAGGGCUCGGUGUUCCACUGCUCCGUCGAGGGCUGUGACUAUUCCUGUCAGACAUUCCAAACCAUGAACCAUCACUUCAAGAGAGUGCAUGAGGUUGGGGGGAUGUCCAAAUAUAAAUGUCACAUAUGUGACAAGGUGUUCUCCUGGUGUUAUACGCUCACUCUUCAUCUGCGAAAGAAGCACGAGCUCAAAUGGCCCUCAGGACAUUCACGUUUCAGAUACAGAAAGGAUGUGGACGGCUUCCUGAAGCUGAACAUGGUGCGUGUGGAGACGGUGGAAGUGACCAAGGAGAUCAUGAAGAACAUGGCGAAGAAACCUCCCAGCCUCCGUAAAAGCCAGAGAACCCGCAGCGAGAGAGCCGCCGCCACGCCCGAGAUGGGACACACCUCUCAGACUUCCUCUUCAUCCGCCUCAUCCUCCGCCUCCUCUUACUCCUCGGAACAGUCCGGCGGCGAGGACCCGUCGGUCAGCCCCCGCAGAGGCGGCGACUCACCCGUCUACUGUGUCAUGAGCACCAUCCCCCACAUCGAGGAUGAGGUUGGCGGGGCCGCGCAGGAGGACUGUGACCCCGGGGGCACGUCUGGGGCUGUGCAAGCACUGACGAUGGUGGCAAGGGGUCUGGGCAUGGACGUGGUGUGACCAACGCAGCAACGCCACUUUAUUACAACCAGAACAUUCCUUGUGACGAACGUUCCGCCUUCUUUCCCAAUCUAUGCGACACUACUUAAAACUGACUUUUUAAAGUUUUACAUUAAUUUUAAUGAACUCAAUGUUUACUUGAAUUGCUAUUUUUUAAAUAAAACCUGCUUCUGUUGCUUUUAUAUUUACACUUGGCAGU